AUGGCACCCAUCGAUGGCAGGCCGGCGGACUUCACCGUCAUCUGGGCCAGGGCAUUACGGGACUUCUAUGGCAAUACUGAUGUUGAUCUGGUCAACAAUACGGACGUCUACCAUCCGAGCAGCGUGGACGAUCUGAUCCGCCACCUUAACGAUGAGCAUAGCGAGUUCGGGCACGACUCGAAGAGCUCACAGUUCACGCAGGUCGUCAAAGGUGCUAUUGGGCCGUUCAGCUUCUUGACGUCUACUGUCGGGAGUACCGCGGCAUCUGCAGGAGCAGCGGUGACCAGAUCGUUUGAUGCUGUGGGCGGCCUCUUCGAGAAGCUCGGAAGCUUUACGGGUCGUCUUAGCGAGGUCAGCCAUGAGACAAUUCCCGAUGCGCUCGUGCCCAUCUACCAGGCCAUGCUGGUCAGCUUACUGAAUAUAUGCUCGCUUGCCACAAAGAUGACAUGGCGAAGCAUGAAAGACGUCAAGGUUGGCGAGUCCAGAUUCUUGCACAAGCUCAAGAAAAUCACUAGACCGGCUUUCGCAAACAUUGACGAGUACAUGAAGCAACUUUUGAUGGGCGGUAAUGGUGAGGUUAGCGGAGCUGUUGGGAGCUUGAAGACUCUUGUUGAGAACGAGUCUCUGAUGAUGCAAGCUAUAGUCGUGCGGAAAGCAACCAGACUGGAAGGUAUUGCAGUCAACAUCGAGGGCCUGACGGUUCAGAUGAGCAAGGCCACAUAUGAUCUGCAAGCAGAUACUGCUGAGGUGAAGUUCAGGGUCACAAUACUAAAUCAAUCCGUUGAUCGAAUUGAGUUGGGUCAGAAGGAACUCCAAUCUGGUCAAAAUGAACUGGCCAUGACUGCGCAGGCUACCUACGACACCACUUCAGAGAUGAAGACCGAGUCAGCCAAGGCUAGCAAGCAGCUUUCCACGCAGCUUGAGACUAUCCAGAAGAAUCUUGAGGACUGGAGAAAGACCAGUGGGUCUUCAAAACAGCAGGAUGCUAGCACCAAGACCAGAUCUGCAGUCCACGGGGAGUCUAAGUCCCUCAGGAACUUGGAGUCAUCCCUUAACAUUAAAACGACUAGGCAGGCGAACGCGGCUAGUUACGGACGUAUCCGUGGCGAGAGAAUCUCAGGAACGGCAGACUGGCUACUUCAAGAAAGUGCCGUGCAGAGGUGGUCGCACUGCGAAGUGCCCUUACUCCUGGUAUCUGGUGAAGCAGGUUAUGGCAAGACGUUCCUGGCUAGUCGUGCUAUUGACUAUAUCGCUGAGACCCACAAGACCAAUGGACCUGGUGCGGACCGUGGCCUAGCAUACUUCUUCUUCCGCAAGGGUCAGAACGAAGACGAGUACAUCAGCUCGGCGUUGAAGACCAUGGCUUUUGCCGUCGCACAAGGUGACCAGAUAUAUGCGAAGUAUCUGAAUGAUGCCCUUGAUAGAGACUUGCUUUCACCGCCCGCUGGCCCAUCGACCGAUGCGAAGCAAGGCGAAAUGCGAGCAGCAUCGGGCGCGGAGGAGCAGAAUGACAGCGUGGAGGAGAAUGCCAUCGGGUCCGAUCCCGGCAAAACCGAGGAGAUUAGAGGUAGUGCAGCGGUGGCAAUCAGCAACGACAUUGAUGAAAGCGACAGAGGCUCAAAUACCACGGAGAAUGUCAAAGCCACGAAUACUGGCGCGGGUAAUUUGGGAACCGAUGAGAAUGGAGACACAACUUCUCUCGCAGCUGGUACGACCGAUGGAGCAGACGAUGCAGAUCAGGCGUUUGCAAAGAAGUUGUCUAGAGUCAACAGUGCGGUUAUCGAUCGACUAAGCCUGGCUGAUGACGAAGAAGAGAAGGCCGUGCGAAAUGUUGUCCGACAUUGGAAUCUGCUUUUCGAUACGUACUUUCGAGGCAAAACAAGACAUGUCUAUCUUGUGCUUGAUGGCCUUGACGAAUGUGAUGAGACAGACACAAUAGCAUUAUGCGCCGCAAUCAAUGCAAGCUCCAAAGAUCGUGAGGGGAAAGGCCCUUCGACCGUACACGUCAUGCUGCUCAUGAAUUCCACGAAGGUCAAGCGAUUUGGAUCCGACUUGUUUGAUACGGCGAUGGUCGUGCCAGUCGAUGCGCACCGCAACAUGGCGGACCUGGACAGAUAUGUCGACAUCCGCAUGGCAACGGCAUGGAGCAAGAAGCUGAUUCGGCGAGAUCUUUACAACGAGGUCCACGAUGCCAUUCUAGGCGACUGCGAUGGGAACUUCUUGAAGGCCUCUCUGAUCGUGGACGAAGUCACCUCGCUACCGCGAGAAGAUGUCAUUCGAUCCACAAUUCAAGACCUCCCAUCAACGCUGGAGACUGCGAUGCUGCUUGUUAUCAAUCGCCUUUCAAGACAACUCGACGAGCAUGAGCAAGAAGAUCUCCAUGAUAUACUAGCUUGGGUAGCUUGUGCCAAACGAAGCCUCAGCCUCGCUGAGCUGGAUGCACUGCUGACCGUACGACGGCCGGGUGGUGCGCGAGUGGUGGACCUCGAAAGACGGCUACGCGUUGCAUAUGUGACUUUGUUUUCGGUCACUGGUGCUGGUGCAACCGAAGCCACCACUGCCGACGAGCGUUCGCGGAAGCGACUUGAUGGAUACGACACGGCCCAACUGAGCGUACCAUCUGUACCCGCGGACCCUCUAGACCACAGUGUGAUGAGCACACCUGCUGCUCAAAGCACAAAGCUAAAUGCAUCUGCAAGCCACGACACCGCUAUUCGUCGUGCAGUUGCAUCCAUGCAAAGAAGCUAUGUGGCUCUGAGUCACAGUCUCAUCGCCGAGCAGAUUCAAAAACGCACUGCGCAAGCAGGCCUCAAAAACUUCACGACUCACAGCAUGCAGGGUAUGGUACUGCUUGGAUGUCUGGACAUUUUAUGUGAGACCAACGGAAGCCACGAUAAACAGACUUCUGAGCUCGCCGGACGGUACUGUGGACCGUACCUCUCCGAUCACCUGACUUCGGUCGACCCGGACGAUGUGGAGCCCGAGACAAGAAUAAAGAUUGCGAAGUUGCUAAUCAGACUCUUUCGAGACGAUGACUGCAUGACUCGAAUGGUGGGAUUUGCGGAAGGCGUGCUGACGGAAGAGUUCUUGAACAAGACCCUGUUUCGGACGAGGUCAAUUCAAUUCAUGCAGGAUCCCAAAGUCCAGUCAAGUCUAGAUUCCGCCGAGAAGGACUGGGUCGAUCAAGCGGCUGCGGAGCCCCUAAGAACUGUUCUCGGCGGGAUGGCCCAAGGUGUCGCUCGCAGAUGGCUUACACAAGCCACAGCGUUCUACGAAGACUAUUGGUCCUUCCUCCGGCGCUACCAAACCAUGCUCAACAGUCCCGAAAGCCCGCAAACAUCCAAGACGGAAGAUGGUGAAUCACUGACGAAUGCCUCCACGGAAGAGGUCAUUGCCGUCGCAGAAUGGGCAAAUCUCGAGAAGAACGGCAGAUGGUACGGGAGAAUCGCAGUGACGUUACGCAACCUUGAGCGUUACGACGACUCUAUCGAAUAUUUCCACAAAGCUAUCGAGCUGGACCAAGAAGAUGGGCUUACACAAGUUGGUCUUGCUGUGACGUUCGCUGCGCAGGAGAAGUACGAAGAUGCGCUCAGAGAAGGGGUCAGUGGUAUCGACAAGCUCGUGAACAAUAUUGCAGACUCAAAGCCAUCCCCGGAUCCAGGAAUGUCUCUCACCUCGUAUUUGAGAUCCACCCGUCAGGAUUGUGCAUCAUGGUCACUCCAGAUCAACCAACUUGACGAAGCACUACAAUCUUACGAACGAUCUUUCCAGGAUUUCGAGCUUAUCAAUCCUGAUGGAGAUGACUGGGAUCAUGUCGUAUCCAUAAUCGUAGCCUACUACUACACCCUGUGUGACAAGAGCCGCUGGCACGAUGUAGGACGUCUUCUCGAACGCUUGUGCUCGCAUUCGGCACGGUUCCACGAGGAGUAUCUGAUGCUUUAUCAAUAUCUCACGGUACACUCUUGGCUUCUGGCAACAGGCUUCACGACGAAGCGGUUUGACAUCCUGCUUCUAUUCUUGGACAAUGCUAUCUGCAUGACUGCACGGUAUGGUGAGGACGGUGACACUGCGUACAUAGUGUAUAUCCGCGCUAUGGUAUCACUCAGACUCGACAGCGACCGGACCGAUGAAGGAGUAAAGCUUCUAGAAGCAGUGGCAGACAGUGACGAUUCUGGUCGAGGCGUCAAGGACAUUACCGAAAGGGAGCUCGCACGGCAUUACUUUGAUCGUAGUCUACAGGCUCGCGAGAAGGAUCAGUGGCACGAAGUGGGCCGCUGGGCUAGUCAGCUUGUUCAACUGGUCAUCUCGGAGCUUGAUGUGGAUGGCAAGCCGAAUUUUGGUACCAGGGACUGCGGACAUAUCUUGGCUGCUUGGGAUCGGGUCAACGGCCGGCAAGAUCGAGCUAGGGAGUGUAUUCGGCAGCACAUUACAUAUGGUAUCGAUCUUCUAGACGAUCUGGAUCCUGAGAAUGAUGACUUGGCAUGGAUUCAUCUCGCGGACGCUUACUUGGCAAUCCAGCACCCAAAACUAGCCAUAGCGACGUGUACGAUGCCGCGACAAGGAAGACUUCCAACGCCAGCUGCGGCUACUAAAGUCAAUGACGGACCAGCUGCUUCCGAUGCAACUCCGGGUGCCGAACAGGAAAAUCCUCCAACAAGGACGGACAAUGGGCCUGGGGCGGUGUUGGAGGCACCCUCGGCGGACAGCGAGCGUCACGAAGACACCGGCACAAGCACUGCGCAAGCUGAAUCGGCGACUACUACUGCUACUACAACAUUGGCCAUUCACGAGAAAAAGACAGCAGAGCUCCAAGCCAAUGGCGACAGUGCCACAGGAGGGGAAGCGGUCACAGAGGCACCAGUUUCUAUCGACCUGCCUGCAAAGUCGAGAGUAGAGACAAUAGACAAAGACAAGCCCGCCGCGGGCUACCCAUUCUGUAGCUGCGACGGAUGCUGCUUCGAUACCAUUCCCAACGAUGCACCACUCUGGCGCUGUAGCUACUGUAUUGCUGAGUUUUGUGUCAGCUGCCACGAUCUGAUCAUGUCAAACAAGAUGGAAGGGUGGAAUAUCUGCGGAAGCAAUCACGAUCAUGUCUACUUUCCUGGUACGGCAGAGAAAUACCCCGAGAAUACCGUCCGGAUUGAUGGCAAGGACCUAUUGGUCAAAGACUGGGUUGCGAGAUUACGAGAGGAAUGGAAUUAUCCGAAGGCCUAG